UUCAUUUCCCAAUUAAUGAUUAUGAUGAUGGAAGACACGAUUCACUAUAAUUAAUGUUUGUUUAGGAUUUUAGGCCGACCCAUUUUCUUAACCUCGUUUUAAACAUUGAUUAGAAAGAUUAAGGUCAUACUUUAAUUUGCUUUGGUGGCCUCAAUGACAAAAGCACGCAAUGCCAUUGUUGCUACUGGUUUAGUAGUUUUUGCAGCUGCAGGCUUGGCAUUUCCCUUUUACAUGGGGUCCUCAAGAAAGCCUGUUAUUGACUCAACAAAGCCACUGCCACCACAGGCAACCUUCCGAGGGCCUUACAUAAAUACUGGGUCACGUGACAUUGGACCUGACCAUCGAACUUACCCAAAGAAUUGAUUAAUUUUGUGAAGGACCUUCUCUUGGUGUACGUAAACUAUGUGCUCAUUUAUGUGUAUUUUGUGUGAAUUGAUCUUUUUGAAUCAGUUAGGCUUUCAGACUGAUGGUCAUGUUUGGAUUCUGGAGUCUACUUGAUAUAACAUUUAAAUGAGAGGGCUUAAGAUUUAUUCUCAUGACCCAGCAUUCUAUUUGAACAUGCACCGACUGGGAUUAUGAGAUAUCCUUUUGCCUUGGGACUGAGAGGUUAAAAGUGACAAGACCAUCACAGAUUUUACUGCUUCAGUUAGACACAAAAUAAAUUCCAAUGAAUCUUAUUCAUAAUUCUUCUAAAGAGGGAUAAAUACAAGUCUGAGCACUCAAUUUUGUAAUGUUGUUGUGUCUUCCUGCUAGAAAGAAAUGUUGGACUUCUGGUGUAUAAAUAAAUAUCUGUCUUAUGUGUGAUUUAAA